ACCGAUUCAAUGGCAUCCAACUCCUACCCCUUGUUGUUGGUGCUGCUGGCACUCUCGGCCCCGCUGGCCGUCUUUGCCGGCGACCCAGACAUCCUGGCCGACUUCGUCGUCCCAGCAAGCAUCAACCCGACGAACAUCACCGGUGACUUCUUCACUUACACCGGCUUCCGCGACAUAAGCACGCCGGUGUACGGUUUCACCUUGACCAAGGCCACUAUGAUGGAGUUCCCAGCCCUGAACGGUCAGAGCGUGUCCUACGCCAUGCUCACAUUCCCCCCGGGCUCCGUCAACCCCACGCACACCCACCCACGCGCCUCCGAGCUGCUGAUCGUCGCCCAUGGCGCGCUCUCCGUUGGGUUCAUCGACACCGCCAACAGGCUCUACACCCAGGACCUGGGCCCGGGCGACAUGUUCGUGUUCCCCAAGGGGACGGUGCACUACCAGUUCAACCAAGGGAACAGCACCGCCACGGCGCUCUCCGCAUUCGGGAGUGCCACGCCUGGGCUCGUGUCUGUUCCCCUCGCUGUGUUUGAUACCGGCAUCGACAACGCCGUCCUCGCCAAGUCGUUCAAGACUGACGAGGCGACCAUCCAGAAGCUCAAGGCAGGCCUGGCUUUCCGGUGCUGUUAACUAAUCGCUUGAUACCUGCCUACCAUGCUGUGUUCUGAGUUUGGGAUUUAUAUAAUUCCAGACCCCUGCAAAACUGCAACAACCAAAUAUAGGUAAAUAAAAGGCAAAGUGGGUGAUCUUACUGAAAAUAAGGUUUAUUA